AUGAUGUUCUCACCUCCCUCUUCACCGUCCGUGCUGGCUAGCACUUCGCGGCACAACAUCAUCCAGCCGCAGCAACUCAAUCAGGACCGUCGGCAGAAGUCGCUCCGAUUGUUUCUGGGCCACCAAUCAGACAACGAAGCCGCAUCGGAUGACGAUUUCGACGCCUUCCAGCAUGCGGAAGACGACAGCGAUAGCGAUAUCGACCUCCUCAGCAUGCCAAGGGGAUCGAGUUCAAGCCGCACGCUGCAGCCUGGCCGGCUACAACCCCGACGAUCAGCUAACAAUAAUCAGCACAGCCCAGCGAGAGCAUUCGCAUCGCUUCGUGCAUACGAUCAGGAUGAAGACGCUCUAGAUUCGCUGUUCUCGCCAUCUAAGGGAACUGCGAAGCGUUCGAGGAUGGGCAAGAGCCCGAGAAAGGUUGCCAGCCUUCCAGCGGCCGCCACGACGAAACAGCAAGCUGCCGCCUCCGCUGCGAUACCCGCCACACCAACCAAGCGUCAAAAGGGCUUCCUCAUUCAAGGCAACGUGACGCCCUCCCGAGCCUUCAGCAUCUUCAAGGCGGCCAAACAGCGCAGUCAACAACGUCAGCAGCAUGGUCUCAUGACCCCGCCGACCUCGUCGCCUCUGCGUCCUAUCAUCCUGAACAGCUUUGACCAAGGCUAUCGCCAUGUAGAAGCAAGCCCCUCUCGAUGUCGAGCUGCCUACGCCUGCAGCCAACAGCUAUCUUCUUCGCCCUCUCGAUCAUCGAAUGAUCAGUCCUAUUACCCCACGCAGAGCAGUCAGCAUCGCUCAGAUUUCGGCGCAUCACCGUUGCGGAGAGCCAUUGCCCCUUCCGCAUUCUCAGAAGAUAGAUGCAUCAGCUCUUCCUUUUCUCAAUCAUUGCACAGACUGCGAUUAGGACAAUCGCUUCGAAGCAGCAGCGGUCUGUCGAGCGUUCCUCAUCGAUUCUCCGCAACGCGCCCUCCUGUCUUCGACGCAACUUCCUUCUUGGAGACAUUCGUGUCGCCUGGUUUCUGCGUGGCUCAGAUCCCGCGCAGCGCCGACGACGAGAUCCUAUCGCACCCCGUUUGCGCCACCUACAGUUACUCAUCGCGGGCGGUCAACCCUUCCGCCCAAUGGCUCGCCGUGGGAGAUGACGAAGGUCGCAUCACGCUUCUCAACACCUUGCCGUGGCAGGACAUCUCGGCUGAGCAUACCUCAUCGAAUCCACAGUGGCAAGCAUCAUCCACUUCGGCCGUCUUUGAGCUGGCCUGGCGCUUCGACGAUCGCAGCAUCCUCUCUGGAGCGAGCGACUUCUCCAUCCGCAGCUGGGAUACCGAGUACCAGAAGUGCACAGCCAUGUUUCAAGGACAUAGAGGCAGUCCGAGAACCAUCGUCUACGACCCGACAACAAAUGGUGAUGGCGGGUGCGGCAUGGUCUUUGCCAGUGCUGCGCGAGACGGGACGAUCCGAAUCUGGGAUGCUAGGACAAGCUCGCGCCAUGUUGUGGUUGGCGACGACGGCGAAGAGGACUGCAUUGGUAUUCGGCCUGUCCUGACGAUUGACGCCGCACACAGCGCGGGGCCAGCUAGUACGGCGACGAGUAGCGGCAAAGGUAGAAAGUUCACCCGCAACGGUGCUGCCUCUGUUGUGAGCAGGCCAGCCACGAAGCGCCUCAAGCGUCAGCCCCUGCCUGCUGGCAUCACCGCCUUGUCCUACCUCCCGGACGGCGAGGGCCACAAACUUCUCAGUGGAGGCUCGGCGAACGGCAUCAUCAAAUGCUGGGAUCUUCGCCAUGUCCGCCAAUCUCAACCUUCAGCUGCUGUUUUGCAGGUCGACACUCAGGCAGCCCUCCGCGAACCUAUCAUGUCAACUUGGGACACUCCGGACGUUUCUCUCCUCGCGCCUUCUAGCCGUUUUGCCAGAGCCCAUGGCAUUUCGCAGAUCAUCGCUUCCUCGACUUCGCUUUACGCAUCCUGCACUGGCGGCAAGAUCUAUUCUCUGCCACUGUCCACCUUCCUCGACUCGCACCUCAACCCCAGCGAGGUGCAGACCUUGUACGACCCGGUUCAAUGCCAGAACACGCUCUUCUCGCGCAUGGCCUUGUUCGACGAUCGCUUCCUUGCGGUGGCCUGCAACACCGGCAACGUGGCGUUGUGGGACGUCAGCAUCUCUCGAGACCCCAAGGAGCAAAGCGCACCGGUCAGGGGACCGGAAAUCGACUCGGAGGAAGAAACGAGGGCGGCACAGAGCAUGGACAUGGGAUUCGCCAAGAGGUCGCAGCAGCCGGGAAUGGCCAUCCUUGCCGAGGGACACGCCAAAAAUGCAGAGGUCAAUGCAGUUGCCUGGGCCAAUGGUCCCAACGGGCCCACUUUGAGCUCGUGUGGCGACGACGCCAUGAUCCGCACAUGGCAUGCCGAUCGUGUGGCUCGCGACGGAAUCACCCAAGCUGCCCAGGAGUAG